AGCCUAUUGACCGUGCGCCCUUUGCAGUGUGAUGUGCUGCGCGUACGCCGCCGCCUCCUGGUCGCGGCUGGCCCUGCUGCUGGGGCUGGCCGCGGCGGUGCUGCAGGCGCUGUCUCUCUUCACGGGCAGCUGGAUCCUCACCAAGGAGAUGCUCGCCCCCGCCGAGUCCGCCGACGACACCCAGCAGCAGACCGUGCGGUACGGCACCGUGGUCGUGCACGCCCGCGUUGGCCUGCUGCGCGCGUGCGUGCGCGUGGAGAAGUUCAACGGCUCCUCGUACCCGUAUCCUUCGCCACAGCCGUCCUGCUUCUCCCUGUCGACGAACAUCUGGCAGGAGGUGACCUCGGCUGACCUGGGCAUCCUCCACGGCUCGAUCCAGAGCACGGCGCAGGUCGUCACGAACAUGCGCCAGUACACGCUGGUGCUCGGCUCGGUGGCGCUGGCCCUCAUGCUGCUCGGCGAGCUGGGCGCCCUGGUCUCGCACCUCAAGCCGAGCAUCAGGCUCGGGGUCGUCCUCGCCUGUUAUCUCUACCUCUUCGCUGGGCUGAUCGUGUGCCUCGUGGUGGUGACCUUCUCCAUGAUGACGGAGGUGCCCCGGCGCGAGCUGGCCCCCAGCGUGCGCCUGCCCGUGCACAAGCUGCUGGAGGCCGGCGCGCCCUUCACCUGGGAGCUGGGCACCUCCUACUACCUGGCCGUGGCCGCCUUCGCGCUCACGCACCUCAUCGCCGCCGUGCUCGUGUCGGCCUUCAUGCGGCGCUUCUCCUCCCUGGAGGCCAUGGUGCGGGAGGUGGUGCCCGGGGCGGACCGCAAGCUGCGCGAGCACCAGGAGAACAACCUCGUUGGGCUGUGGGAGAUCUACCCGA